UUUAAUUUGUGUUCCUCCAUAGAUCAAGAAAAAUGAAAGCAACACAAUUUCCAUCUUUACACAGAAACACCUUUUUAAUCUUCUUUCUGAUCCAUUUAUCAAUAUUUUCACCUUAUUCUGCCAUAUCCAUUAAACAGAAAGAAGCUCAGCAGCAAGUAAUUGGCUAUGGUUACUCAAUCAAAUCUGUGGCUACCACUGGAAAUUCACUUUUUGCUAAUCUUCAACUCAUCAACAAUUCUUCUGUUUUUGGGACUGAUAUUCACAAUCUUAUCCUCAUUGCCAGUUUGGAAACAAACGACCGUCUCCGAAUACGAAUAACCGACGCAAACCACCAACGAUGGGAAGUGCCGGAAGAAAUUCUCCACCGUCCACCACCGCCAUCGCCACCGUCAACCUCCAACUCCCCAUCAGAAAACCAAUCCCCAAUUACCCUCUCUAACCCAAACUCAGACCUAGAGUUCACCCUUCACAACACCACCUCAUUCAGCUUCACCGUCCGCCGGCGCUCCACCGGGGAUACUCUUUUCGAUACUUCGCCGGAGAACCAAAACCCCGACACAGUCCUCAUAUUCAAAGAUCAAUACAUCCAGAUCUCCUCGGCACUACCAACUACCAGAGCUAAUCUUUACGGUCUCGGAGAGCACACUAAAAGCUCGUUUAAGCUCACACACAACCAGACUUUGACUCUAUGGAAUGCCGACAUUGGGAGUUCCAACGCGGACCUUAAUCUCUAUGGAUCCCAUCCUUUUUAUAUCGACGUCCGUUCGUCGGGUCCGGCAAAGGAAACGGCCGCCGGAGUUAGUCAUGGGGUUCUGCUUCUGAGUAGCAAUGGCAUGGAUAUUGUGUAUACGGGUGAUAGGAUUAGUUACAAGGUGAUUGGUGGGUUAAUUGAUUUGUAUUUCUUUGCCGGACCUUUGCCGGAAAUGGUGGUGGAUCAGUAUACUCAGCUUAUUGGUCGUCCUGCUGCUAUGCCAUAUUGGUCUUUCGGAUUUCACCAAUGCCGGUGGGGUUACAAGAAUAUUGAUGAUGUUGAACUGGUAGUGGAUAGUUAUGCAGAGGCUAGGAUACCGCUGGAGGUUAUGUGGACUGAUAUUGAUUACAUGGAUGGUUUUAAGGACUUCACACUCGAUCCAGUUAACUUCCCACUGGAGCGGGUAGUUUUUUUUCUCAGGAAGCUUCAUCAGAAUGAUCAGAAAUAUUUACUAAUAGUAGAUCCAGGAAUUAGCAUCAACAAUACAUAUGACACCUAUAGGAGAGGCAUGGAAGCAGAUGUCUUCAUAAAACGCAAUAAUAUGCCUUACCAAGGGGUUGUUUGGCCAGGGAAUGUUUAUUAUCCUGAUUUUCUAAAUCCAGCUACUGAAAUAUUUUGGAGAAAUGAAAUUGAGAAGUUCCAGGAUCUCGUACCUUUUGAUGGCCUGUGGCUUGACAUGAAUGAAUUGUCAAACUUCAUAACUUCCCCUCCUACACCAUCAUCCACCUUUGAUGACCCUCCCUACAAGAUAAACAACUCUGGCGAUCACUUGCCCAUCAAUUAUAGAACAGUUCCAGCCACUUCUACACAUUUUGGUAAUACAAUGGAGUAUAAUGUCCAUAACCUUUAUGGAUUACUUGAAUCUAGUGCCACUUAUAGUGCGUUGGUUAAUGUCACUGGUAAAAGGCCAUUCAUUCUUGCAAGAUCAACUUUUCUUGGCUCUGGCAGAUACACGUCACAUUGGACUGGAGACAAUGCUGCUACCUGGAACGAUUUGGCAUACUCCAUUCCUACUAUCUUGAACUUCGGAUUGUUUGGAAUUCCAAUGGUUGGAGCUGAUAUAUGUGGUUUUUCAAGUAAUACUACUGAAGAGCUUUGCCGCCGCUGGAUCCAGCUUGGAGCAUUCUAUCCAUUUGCAAGAGACCACUCUGCUAAGGACACAACCCCCCAAGAGCUCUAUAGUUGGGAUUCAGUUGCUGCAGCAGCCAAGAAAGUCCUUGGGCUCCGAUAUCAGUUACUUCCACACUUUUAUAUGCUUAUGUACGAGGCACAUACAAAAGGGACUCCCAUUGCACGACCUCUCUUCUUCUCUUUCCCUCGAGAUGCCAAGACAUUUGAUAUCAGCACACAGUUCCUUCUCGGUAAAGGUGUCAUGAUCUCACCUGUACUUAAGCAAGGAGCAACCUCUGUUGAUGCAUAUUUCCCUGCUGGAAACUGGUUUGACCUCUUCAAUUACUCUCGUUCCGUGAGUUUGAAUCAAGGAACGUAUAUGACACUUGACGCACCACCAGAUCAUAUAAAUGUACACGUUCGUGAAGGGAACAUAUUGGUCAUGCAAGGGGAAGCAAUGACAACACAAGCUGCUCAGAGGACUGCAUUCAAACUCCUUGUCGUGCUGAGCAGCAGCGAAAACAGUACAGGAGAACUAUUUGUGGACGAUGACGAUGAGGUGCAGAUGGGAAGAGAGGGAGGGAGGUGGACGUUAGUUAAGUUUAACAGCAAUAUCAUUGGCAACAAAAUUGUGGUUAAAUCAGAGGUUGUGAAUGGACGAUAUGCACUGGAUCAAGGAUUGGUCCUUGAAAAGGUGACAUUAUUGGGAUUGGAAAAUGUGAGAGGAUUGAAGAGCUAUGAGCUUGUUGGAUCACACCAGCAAGGGAACACAACAAUGAAGGAAAGUCUUAAGCAGAGUGGACAGUUUGUUACUAUGGAAAUCUCAGGGAUGUCAAUAUUGAUAGGGAAAGAGUUCAAAUUGGAGCUAUACAUCAUUACUUGACAAAUGAAUUAAGUUAUAUACGCUUGUUGUAUGAAACUUUCUUUCAUUUAUCAAUGCAGUUUAAUUUAUGAUGUUAUG